AUUCGCUAUGGAUGUGCCUAAAAAGACGAGGAAAAGUCGUCAAGUUUAUCUUCCUGCUGGUUUACUCGUAACCAAAAUAAUGGUAGUAUUGUUGAUGCUUCAUCAGAUCCAUGGCGGUGCAGCCUCAAUAAUACACUUCAACUACACAAAGUUCCCUGAGAUUAGCUAUGAAGACUUGAAUUUUGAUGGAGAUGUAUUCCAUGAAAAUAUGGUCCUCCAACUCACCCGAUAUAGAAAAGACAGUGCAGGAAGAGUGACAUACAAUAAACCGUUACAACUCUGGGACAAAAACACAGGAAGAAUUGCAGACUUCACAACUCACUUCACAUUCGCCAUCGAUUCGCCCGACCCGAACCACCGCGGAGAUGGCGUCACCUUCUUCUUGGCGCACCCCAACUUUUCGCUCCCGGUCCCACCAGACGGGUCCGGGAUCGGUCUGGUGGGCCGGAAACAGGUAGCGGAUAACCCGAAUUACACCCGAGAUCGCCCGUUUGUGGCGGUGGAGUUCGACACGUUCCCGAACGAGGACGACCCGCCUUACGAUCACGUCGGGGUCGACGUGAACGCAAUGUGGACCCCGUACACGACCGAGUGGUACGGCGUCAAAGAUGGGAGGAAGGUUGGCGUCGAGAUCGCGUACAAUUCUAGCUCAUACCAGUUGAAUGUGGUGUUUGAUGGGUACAAAGAUGGGAAUGAGAUCAAGCAAAGGUAUUCCCAUGGAAUUAAUUUGAGGGAGGUCUUGCCAGAUAAGGUCCAGUUUGGGUUGUCUUCUGCAACUGGACUUCUUUGGGAGAACCAUACAUUGUGCUCUUGGUCAUUUGAUUCAAAUUAAAUCUUAGAUUGUAGGGUAUUUGAAAGAAGACAAAGCUAAUCCAAUUUGAAGAAGCAAAAUUAAGAAGGAUUCACUUUUGAAAGAAGCAUUAUUGGAUUGCACAAAAUAAGCAUUCUCAUAGAGUGAAAUGAAACUUCAUAAAUCUUUUGUGAAGUGGUUUAAGAAACUUUAUGUUACCUA